AUGCGGAAGAAAGUGGACCAGCGCAUCCGCACGCUCGUCGAGAACGGCGUGAAGCUCAACGAGCGCUCCAUGUUCGUCGUCGUGGGCGAUCGAGGGCGCGAGCAGGUGGUUAACCUGCACUACAUGCUCUCGAAGGCGACGGUGAGGUCCAGGCCCAACGUGCUGUGGUGCUACAAGAAGGAGCUGUACCUCUCGUCGCACAAGAAGAAGCGCGUGAAGCAGAUCAAGAAGAUGGUGGCGCGAGGCCUGAUGGACGCCGAGAACGAGGACCCGUUCUCGCUCUUCGUCGCAUCCACUGACAUCAAGUACACGUACUACGCCGACACGCAGAAGAUCCUCGGCAACACCUACGGCAUGGCGGUGCUCCAGGACUUCGAGGCGCUCACGCCGAACCUACUCGCGCGCACCGUGGAGACGGUCGAGGGCGGUGGCAUCAUCGUGCUGCUGCUGUCAAACAUGGAGAGCCUGUCGCAGCUGUACACCAUGACGAUGGACGUGCACUCGCGAUUCAGGACCGAAUCGCACCAGCACGUCGUCGGCCGGUUCAACGAGCGAUUCAUCCUCUCCCUGGGGUUCUGCCCCACGUGCAUCAUCAUGGACGACGAGCUCAAUGUCCUCCCGAUCUCGUCGCACGUCCAGAACAUCCAGCCCGUCGGUAACGACACCGAAGCAGGCGCCGAACCCGAGGAUCUCAAGGAGCUCAAGCAAUCCCUUGAGGGAACCGACCCCGCGGGCGCUCUCGUGUCCUGCUGCAAGACCCUCGACCAGGGUAAGGCCGUCGUCACCUUCCUCGACGCGGCAUCGGAGAAGACGCUCAGGUCCACCGUCGCCCUCACCGCCGCGCGCGGACGCGGUAAGUCCGCGGCGAUGGGCAUAGCCGUCGCGGGUGCGGUGGCGAUGGGUUACGCGAACAUCUUCGUCACGUCGCCGUCGCCGGAGAACCUCAAGACGUUCUUCCAGUUCAUCCUGAAGGGAUUCGACGCGAUGGAAUACAAGGAACACCUCGAUUACGACAUCGUGGAGUCGUCGAACCCGGCGUUCGGCAAGGCGAUCGUGCGGAUCAACGUCCACAGGGCGCACAGGCAGACGAUUCAGUACAUCCUGCCGCAGCACGCGGAACGGGCGUCGUCCGCGGAGCUCUUGGUCAUCGACGAGGCUGCCGCGAUCCCCCUGCCCACGGUGCAGGCUUUACUCGGCCCUUACCUCGUGUUCCUGUGCUCCACCGUCAACGGGUACGAGGGGACCGGCCGGGCGCUGUCGCUGAAGCUCAUCUCCAACCUGCGGAGGGAGGCGGCGGGGGUGGCGAGAGCCGGUGACGCCGGCGCGGGGGGCGGCGGGCGGCUCCUCCGCGAGGUUUCCCUCGCCGAGCCCGUGCGUUACUCGUUCGGCGAUCGCAUCGAGGCGUGGCUCAACGGGCUGCUGUGCCUGGACGCGGCGGAUCACACCCCGCCGCUGACGGGGCACCUGCCGCCGCCGUCCGAUUGCGAGCUGUACGAGGUCAACCGAGAUACCCUCUUCAGCGCGCACAAGCCAUCGGAGACUUUCCUGAAGCGGAUGAUGUCGCUGUACAUCGCGAGCCACUACAAGAACACGCCGAACGAUCUUCAGCUGAUGGCGGACGCGCCCGCGCACAGGCUGUUCGUCCUCCUGGCGCCGCCCAAGAGCGCGCAGGUUCUCCCGGAUAUUCUCUGCGUGGUCCAGGUUGCUCUCGAGGGCGCCAUCAACCGCGCCAGCGCCUCCUCCGCGCUCGCCGCGGGCCAGUCCCCGCAGGGCGACCUCAUCCCGUGGACCGUCGCGACGCAGUUCCAGGACCCCGAGUUUCCCUCCCUCACCGGCGCGCGCGUCGUUCGCAUCGCCGCGCAUCCCGACCUCCCGGGCCAGGGAUACGGCUCACGCGCGCUGCAACAGCUACACGCGUAUUACGAGGGUAAGCUCACGAACCUCGCCGAGACGGACGUGCCAGCGCAGACGGAGGCGCCCCGCGCGGCGCCAGUGACCGCGGACGGCGGCUUGCUCCAGGAGCAGCUGGAACCGAGGUGCGAGCUGCCGCCGCUGCUGUGCCCGUGCGGGGAUCAACGCCCGGAGCGGUGCCACUGGAUCGGCGCGGCGUUUGGGCUCACGGAUUCGCUGCACAAGUUCUGGUCCAGGCAGGGGUACCGGCCGGUGUACCUGCGCCAGACCCCGAGCGACGUCACCGGAGAGUUCUCCGCCAUCCUCAUACGGCCGCUCGACCACGAGGGUAACGACGAGGAGGACGGGGCGAUGACCACGGCUCCCGAGUGGCUCGUCGCGUUCAACGCUGAUUUUAAGCAGCGGUUCACCGCUUUGCUCGGGGGCGCGUUCAGGGACGUCGCACCGGGCCUCGCGCUGUCGGUGCUCGCUCCCAAGCUGACUUUUGAUGAUGAUGCCAAGGCUGAGGGUGCGCCCGCGUCCGCGGUGCGUCGCAGCGACGGGCAGCCCAUAACCGCCCACGACGUCAAGCGACUCGAAAAAUAUGCUCAGAGCCUGGUGGACCACCACCUCGUGGCCGAUCUGGUGCCGCCGCUCGCCAGGGCGUUCUUCGCGGGACAGAUUCCCACGACCAUGUCCUACUCGCAGGUCGCCAUCUUGCUUCAGCUGGGUCUGCAAUACAAGGAGAUGGACGACGUUGCGAAGGGCUUGGGUCUGCCCACGCCGCAGGUGAUGGCUCUGUACAACAAGGCGAUGCGAAAGCUUUACACCGCGCUGAGGACCGCGAAGGAGAGGGAGGUUGAGGCGGCGAUGCCGCCCGGGAGCGUGCCGGAGCUCAAGCCGCACGCGGUCGGUCUCGAUGAGGACCUCGAGGACGGGUGA